AUGAGUUACCUGAAGUCCCGCAGUGAUGUACCCCUGGUGGCGGCUACACUGGGGGAGCUUCUGGACGACUCCGCCGCAAAAUGUCCCGACCACGAGGCGUACGUCUUCCGACACCUCGGCGUCGGGAUGAAGCUAGCUGAAGUUAAAGAAGAGGCAGACAGGCUGGCCGCUGGUCUCCUGUCCAUUGGGGUGCGGCGGGGUGACGUGGUGGCCUGGGUCAUUAGCACCAGACCGGAAUGGGUCAUCUCUUGUUUCGCUGCAGCAAAGAUAGGCGCCAUUGCCCUACCAAUCAUUCCUAUCUACUUCUGGCGCUCGUACAAGGGGAUGAUCGCGGACAUGCUGAAAAAGGUCAAAGUUAAACUACUCCUGAUUGAGAAGCGCUCGGCUUCUGAAGGUUACCCUGAGAGUAUACCAUCCCUGAAGAAACUAUUUCCGGAGUUAAUGUUAGCCACGACCAAAGCCUUAACAAUUGAAUCAGUUCCAAGCUUGACGUCCAUUGUCAUAAUUGGGGACAAAACUAGCGACAACGCCUUCUACAAUUGGGAAGAACUACAAAACAUGGGGACCGAUGAAAACGCCAAGCAGAGGGUACAGGACGCACAACGCCAGACGAAUUGUUAUGAUACGUUUUGGUUAAUUUUUACAUCCGGAAGUACUGGUCUUCCGAAGUGUGUUGAACAUAGCACCUAUGCUGUCGUGAACAAUGUCGCAAUCACCAACAAGAUGACGGAACAAGACAAAAGGAAAGUGCUGGUAACACCGACAGACUUGACCGAGGACUCAACUUCGGUUAUAAUUCCUGUUCUGACGGGCUCGCAGACUGUUGUGUUCGCCAUCUCGUGGCUGGAUGAGAUCGUCCCUGCUCUCUUGGAGGAAAGGUAUGAGAGCAUCUACUUCACGUACGUGAAGACACUACACGACUUGGUGAACGACUCAUCUGUACAGGAAUGCGACAUGCGGUUCUUGAAAGACGGUACAACAACAGCACACAUCCGUAGCAACUAACCUCUGUGU